AUGACCGCCAGAGGUCGAGGGACUUGUGUCAUAGUCCUCCUUGGACUUUAUCUUGGCCUGCAGGUCAUCGAGCUGGAGACUUUAGCAGUCAGCAGCAGCGACACUCUGCUUAAGCAGGCUCUCUUGAGGGAGAUGACACCCCAUGAACGCCACCACUUCUUCGGUGACGUUCCUGACCCAGUCUUUUAUUUAGUAAGACCAAGACUUUCACCAGACGGCGGCCAUAACAAGACUGAUGGCUACAUGCGGUUCCUCAUCAGCUCUCCGGUCCUGAGCGUGGACUCCGUGGUGGCGCCCGUGAGAGGCCUGGUCGCGCCCCAUCUGGGUUCCGGAGUGUACGUUGACGGUGAACUGGUCGAGGUAGUGCCGGACCGCUGUCAUUUUCGUGCCGCCAACUCCUCCCACGUCAUCACUGUCAACAACUGUGAUACUGAAGGCUUGGAUGGUAUCAUCAUCACGCCAGAGCAGCUGGCCACACUACACCCACUACCCAGACGUCUCCUGCCGGUGGUGGACCAGUACCUUCCUCCUCCUCCUCCUCCUGACACUCGCCAGCCUGACUACUCUGCCUCGCCUAACCACACUCUCCAGCAUCACUCUAACCCCACUGAGGGCGAGUACGGCUUGCACAUCUUGCAAAUCUCAAGAAAAGAUGAAGUUCCGGUGCACAGACGGAGGCGGCGAGAAGACGAGGCGGACCUUGCAGUCUGCGCCACUGGCCCUGAGCACGACAUGAGAGGACGAGUUCGGAACGUGUCUGAGCUUGCGUCAGGGAUUGAUCUCCAGCAUGGCACUGAGAGAUAUCAGGGCGAAGGGUCGGCGGGGCUGGAGAACGAGCCAGACCUCCACAACCACACCGUCGAGGCCCAGCCGGUAUCCGUAGUCGUCAGGAAGUCCCUGGAACUGGCUGUCUUCGCUGACAACGUCUUCUAUCAAAACUUCCCAGAGCGGGUGGAUAGUUCUGACAAAUCCAAGAUGGUCAACUAUAUUCUCACACUCGUUAAUGCUAUACAAGGGAUCUACCACCAGGAGGAGCUUCAGGGCUUCGUCAUUGACAUCCGGGUGGUGCGUCUGGACAUUCUCACGUCAGGCGAUGGUCCAAACAACGGCGGGGGGGACAUCGGCGCCUACCUCACCUCCUUCUGCGCCUGGCAGCAGCAAAGGAACCCGGCCAGCGAGGGCGACCCCGAGCACUGGGACCAUGCCAUCAUGCUCUCAGGUUUGGAUCUGACUUCGGCUGGAAACCCGUCGGUGAUAGGCCUGGCCUGGGUGGGAGGCAUGUGUCGGCCUGACAUUUCUUGCACCAUGAACGAGGGUCGCUCGUUCAUUGCUGUGUACGUCGUCGCUCACGAGAUGGGUCACAACCUGGGAAUGAACCAUGAUGGGCAGGGGGACGCUCAACAGUGUAGCAGUAGCAAGUACAUCAUGUCGCCAUCUGUGGGGCCAGGCAAGACGACCUGGUCCACCUGCUCCGUCAAUGUGGUCCACUCCUUCCUCAGUAAAUCUUCGUGUCUUGAUGACGGCGAUCAGAUAAUGUCAAACUACGCCACAUUAAUCCUAUCCCGCACAUAUUGUAAACUAUAUCACUUUGUUCCAGAGAACACAGUAGAGCUGGAAGCUAUCCUUAAACGGACCCCUGGAUACGAGUUUCCUCUGCCCGAGCAGUGCAAUGCUCUCUUCGGCAGGGACUACUACCCGGCCCUCACCAAGUUCGAUUUGUGCGAGUACCUGUACUGCACGAACGGCGUGGUGACCAGGCCGGCCCACCCCGCCCUCGAGGGCUCCUUCUGCGGCUCCCACAGGGUGUGUAUAUCGGGCGAAUGCCGCCCGGAGGCUGACCUGGUGAAGCUUCACCGGUACAGUCACCCUGACACAUCUGCGUUAACACUGUCAUUCACAGCCAGUGGCUUACCACCGUCAACCAUUGGAUCACCGCCGUCAACCAUUGGAUCACCGCCGUCAACCAGUGGAUCACCACCAUCAACCAGUGAGUCACCAUCAACCAGUGAGUCACCAUCAACCAGUGAGUCACCGCCGGCAACCACUGAGUCGCCAUCAACCAGUGAGUCACCGCCGUCAACCACUGAGUCACCAUCAACCAGUGAGUCACCAUCAACCAGUGAGUCACCAUCAACCAAAUCACCACCACCAACUACCAUCAUACCUACCUCUACCGAAGAGCCAGGCACCUUUGAACCAGGUGUUCCGACUGGCCCCCCACCACCGCCGGCUACAACCCCGGCAGCGCCCCCUACAGUACCUCCGUAUGACUGCUCCUGUAACCUCACCAUCUUCGAUCCUAACAUCGUGAGAACGAUCCCUCGAGCCAUCUGUCCAUUUCUGGCGCCAGCUUACCAGGCUCUCUUUAACUGUGGCCGGCAAUGUUCGGAAUACGAUCUGUACGUUGACCUCGUGUCGGGAAAUCUGACCAAAGUACCGAUACGAAUGUCGGAGCUGGAGAAGGUCACCAAGUCUUGCGUCUUCGGUAGCUACAGUCUCACCUCUGACAAGGUCAUGAGUAUUACUGAUCAAAUGAUUGACAAGUUGAUUAGUCCUAUAAAAGACCUUCGUGCGUGCCUGGCCAUUCCGCAGUUCCUUGAAGUACCUCUGUACUGUCCACCCAUUGAUUCAGAUGCACAGUGUGCGCCUCACAAGAUUGUUGUGAAGGAGUCAUAUUCUAACUUGACUUAUGUUCAGGUGAAAGACGGCGACUACGUGAACAAAACAGUGGAGCUGAAGGGCAAGUCUUACUCUCUGAUGAGAAGUGCAGAGCAUGAACAAGGAGAAAGUUUAAUUGUACCAUUUACCAGUUCAACGAAUACGUCAUCCGGGUCCAGUUUUCUUAAAUGUGAUUUAAAAAUUAAGUUUCCCAAAGAACUGGAAAACCUUCCAGAAUUUGUUUGUCCGUUCUUAGCUCCUUCAUUACACGAUCUAUUCAACUGUGGUUCUGAGAAUCAGUGUCCAGAGUAUGUUCUCUUCAUCGACUUAAUAGACAGUACGGUUACAAAGGUGCCUCUGAAGAAACCUUCCCAGCCACCGCCAUGUCUCUUCUGUAAGCCAGAGGAGCAAUUCCUCAACUUUCUCCUGUUUGACACUCUCAGUUUUCUCAACAGUACUUUAGAAGACUCAGCAAGCUUGUGCAGGUUAAUUCCCUCAGCCUGGCACUCCAGCCUGGAUGCCUGUCGCCCGGGGGCUGAGUCUGGCACCAUCGGCGACGAUACAUGUUUGCCCGUCACCAUUGUCAUCCAUAGUAAUAACAUUGCUUUCACCUACACGGCUCAGACGAAAGAGAAAGAUUAUACAGGUGAACCCACAAUUAAAUGGCUAGAAAAACCAUAUGCUUUAGACAAAAUAACCAAAAACAAAGAUAUCAGAGAAAUACUGGAGAAGGAAUAUACACUAGAUUUUGAUGCGAAUCUUUCCAAGAGAAGCCUGUCCCAUGAACUGAGUGUAAUACAAGAGGAAACUAGACGCUCUUCACCCGCGAAUCUUCGUUCGAGAGAGUGGGCGAGCAACUACCGUGAACCAUCAAAUCGUGACACCACUUCCCCAGACACUGCCCAGGCAGGUGAUGGUGACAGCGUCCUCGGUGAAGCCCUCCAGGAGUAUGUGGGGCAGAACGACGUGUUUUUACCGCUUAAUGCACCCGAGGCGAUGCCACGGACGAAGGUGGGGGCGUGCAGCGUGACGUGUGGGCAGGGAGUGCGCCUCAUACAGAUGGAAUGUGUGGACGUCAUAUCUGACGAGUUGGUGAGCGAGGACGCCUGCCAGGGCUACACCCUCCCUCAGGAGCGGCUGGAACACUGUCACAUGCCCGCGUGUCGACGCCCCAGGUGGAGUACGAGUGCAUGGGGUCCGUGUAGCGAGGCUUGCGGCGCCGGCGUCCAGUUCCGGCGUGUGGAUUGUGCCAUCGAGAUAGUAGAAGAAGAGGACGCGGGCGGGAACCUGGCGGUGUCCAGCGGCGGCCGGAACCUCCCGCACCUGGUGGUAGCCAGGAGCGAGUGUCGAGAGAAGAACGCCCCUCGUCGCGUGAGGGAGUGUCAUGGCGCCUGCCUUCCCGUGGCGGCGUGCGAGGGAGAAGACUGUGAAGCCGACCAACACUUCCACAUCUCCAGAGACUUUGAUUACUAGCGGCUGGACCUCCACCCUCGCGGCGUCAACUGCUGUGUAGCCUCGCCUGGCCUACCACUGCUACACCUGAAUAGUGUCUAUGUUGCUUACUGGUGUAGAUAAAGUGUCACUGUAGUACCUAUAGGUGUAGUGUGUCUUACUGGUGUAGGUACUGUGUCACUGGAGUAUUAGUGUGUCAUUCAUCUAGGUUAUUAAAUAUGACCUCAUGAUUCUAUGACAAAAUUAAACUGUUUAAAAAAAAAAAGCUUAUUAUUAUUGUCGCUAAUAUUCCUACACC